AGAGAGCCACCGGCGCCGCCGUCGACUGCGCGCCCGCUAGGUCCAGACGAAGCAGAAAACGAGCAUCCCACACUCCGGGUUCUGGAUCGCCGUCCCUACCGUCUAUCUGCUCAACAUUCGCACGGCUCCGCUCGAUCCUCCCACCAUCAGUAGCCCGGCCGUUCACUCGCCGCCCUCGUCUAUUCUGUGGUCCUUUUGUUGGUAGACGGCCUUUUCCCAAGUCCAGUCAAGCCAAAAGGUGUGUCUAGCCGUGUUCGACCUCAGUCACGCACAAGGCCGACACGAUACUGUACACGGUGCUACGACGUUAACGACCCGUUACGACUCUCACCUACCUCAGCAACGUUGUGCCAGACUACUAUCGCUGUCGACGCUUUUCUUAGGUCCGUCGUGUCGUCUUGUCCUGAUUGUUCUGCCUUUGCCGCGCCUAUCUGCAAAUCACUUGCAUAUCAGAGCGCUGCGUCGAAACAAUCACAGAAAAAGCAAAGUCUGGCCUGCUGAGCUUUGACGAAACAUAGCCACUCCACGGCAGCGACAUCGUCCAGCUGUAUAUUUCUUUCUCAUUCUUUUCCUGGGCGAACGCCAUAGCGCUCAGCGCGUCGACUAGUUGGGAUCGUCUUCGUCCCGACCGAAGGCUAGUCCGCGUAACCGUUCAUUCGUGCCACCACGUUCCGUCUCCCGGAGUCGUGGUAGAGCCGAGCAUCACCACUGUUGAACUCUUGAACAAAAGAUUCAACAGUCUCCGCAAGGAAGAAAAGCCUGGCGAUCGCCCACGCCGGCUAUUCGCAACUUCCCGCCUCGGACUCCGGUCUCCGUUUCCGUGAACGACGCAAAGCUGGAGCUCCCGUCGAUAUCGCAGGUCCACUCUCGAGGCCCGGUCGACGGAUCGUGGUACGACAGCCAGUAUUCGUCGCGACCGACUGCAGCAAAGACGAGCUCAUCGGCCUCCUCAUCGCCUCGAGGUGGGACCUACAGCAACUCUUCCGUGUAUAACGGAAGCAUUAGCUCGGCAACGUCAUACACGCCGUCAACCACCGAGCCGAACGGAUCACUGAAGACGCCGCCUCCCGAGCAUACGCCUCAAGCUUACAACCGCGAGCACCAAAACUCGCCAUACGUACAUCAGCCGGGUUCGCAAGCAUUCGGCUUUUCGAGUGAGUCGUACAACAGCAUGAACCAGAUUGGUCCGCAUUCAGACGUUCAUCAAUCACAUAUGGCGACUGCAUACCAGACCCCAGCAACUGGGCCUCCUGCCCCGCUUGGACACUACAACACGUAUCAACCGACGCUUCUGCAACCAGGCCCGCAGACAUAUUCCUCAGCGCCUGCUCCUUAUCAACAGCAUCAGUAUGCAAGCCAGCCCACUUACCCCGUCUCAUCGUCCAUGAGCAAUGCUUUGGUGCCAUCGCCAAUGCCACUACCUGCAAUCUCCUCUGCUCCCAGCGGUGCAUUGGCAGGGUCACAAUACAACUCUGGCCACACAUUUGACACCACUGGACAGAUUGCACCUCCGGGCAUGAAGCCGCGUGUAACCGCCACCCUUUGGGAAGACGAGGGCAGUCUUUGCUUUCAAGUAGAGGCAAAGGGUGUUUGUGUAGCGCGACGUGAAGACAAUCACAUGAUCAACGGAACAAAGCUGUUGAACGUGGCAGGCAUGACUCGUGGUCGCAGAGACGGCAUUCUCAAGAGCGAAAAGACGCGUCACGUAGUGAAGAUUGGCCCAAUGCACCUCAAAGGCGUCUGGAUCCCAUUCGACCGUGCCCUUGAUUUCGCCAACAAGGAGAAGAUCACCGAGCAGCUAUAUCCGCUGUUCGUCCAUGAUAUCGGAGCUUUGCUGUAUCACCCCUCGAACCAGCCGCGUCCAGGUCUAGGUAAUUCGAGCGCUUUAGCAGCAGUUGACCGUCGACGAUCUGAUGCUCGCCUGCUAGGCGCCCCCCCUGUGACGAGUGCCCCACCACUUCAUCAUCAUCACUCUAUCAGCACCCCAAUGUCACAACCUCACUCCAUCGCCCCACAUCCAGCCAGCGGUCGUCCUGGGCUCGACCGAGCCCACACGUUUCCAACACCGCCAACCAGUGCCUCAAGCAACUUCGGUGGUGUUGCGCAACACAAUUCAUAUGGUGAGUGGAGUAAUGGCCAGCCCCUGCAGAUCGACACUGGCCUUAGCAAUACCCGAUCUGUGCCAACGACGCCAGCUUCCACUCCGCCGGGCAUUCAGCAGUAUCAGACGAGCCAGCCGUACGACAGCUCUCGUCAGAUGUACACGGCUCCUUCGACGCAGUAUCCCUCGCAGAUGCGCCAGUUUGGUGGCCCAUUGCCCAGCACCACGAUCAAGUCGGACAUGGCCCCGCCACCAAGAGCCGGCGAGGUUGAACAUUCAACCGACGCCAAGCCUCAGGAUGGUCACGACGAUCACGGCGACCACGACUCAGCCUACACGCAUGCGCAGGCAAGCUAUGGGCCUACUCGUAGCACCUAUAGUUACAACCCCAACGCACCCCCCGUCGCCCGCGUCGAAGAGGUAAGCUCUUCUCCUCACCAGAACGGUUCUGGUCGCGAGACACCACGGACAGCUUCCGAUGCGCAGUGGCAGUCCGGCUAUUCGGGGCAGCCGUCUCAACCACCCGCUGGAAACGUGUACAAUCCAAUCGAGUCGCGAGCAAAUGGCGAUGGCUAUGUUGGAUUCCCAAGCGCUUACGUGAAUGGUGGCUCUAUCCCGAGCUCCAAGCGUAUUCGGGAAGUGGAUGACGACGAGGAAGAAGCGCUGAAGCGACAGAAGACGGCACACCAAGACGGUGGACCAGUUGGCGGCAGCAGUCCGUUCAGAGGUGCACCAACGCAGAAGGUUCGCGGACGGUAACGUUUUGGAAAGCGGACGUCAAUUGAAGCCCACGCGAUGUUCACGAACAUCAUAGAAAAGACCCGGAUGCAUUCUUACACGUAUAUGACGCCACAAACCGAGCAUCCUACUCAGCGCAAGCGCAUCCUCGCUACUCGCGCGACCACGAGACAUCACAUUCCUUGACAAAAUAGCCGGCCUUUUCUACUUUUCUAUGUUCAGUUCAGGUCACGACGCUUAUGACACUUCUCUAUUAUGACGGCUUCGCCU